AUGCCACCAAAGAAGAAGUGCUCGCGGGGUAAUUCGUGGUGCGAUGAUAGCACAAAGUGCCUUCUAAGUAUUUGGAGUGAUUUGAAAGCACAAUCCCAACUGGAUAGUCCCUCGAAAGCAGACAAUGCUGUAUACAGCAAAAUCAGCAAUGCUUUACAUGACAUGGGUUAUGAGAGAACGAGGUUUCAGUGUAAGGAGAGGAUGAAAACUCUCAAAAAGUCGUACAGACAAUGCCGUGAUGCACUGAAGAAAAGUGGACAAUCACGCAGAACGUGUAAAUUCUACAAGGAAAUGAAUGAAAUACUGGAGAUAAGGCCAGCCACCUCUCCUGGAAAGGUGAUCCAGAGUCUUAAACCACCAGUAUCAGAUGCAGAAGACUCUGAUGCUGCUGCUGAUGGUGGUGAUCCUGCUUCUGAGGAGAUGGAAGAUGUCAUACCUCUGCUCGAGGGUGAGGAUUUGGACAUAGAUGUCUCAGGAAUCGAAAACAAGGAUGAUAAAUCAUAUGCUGAACCACAAACAAAAGAAGAGGCAAUAAUCGAAACUAAAACAACAAAGCAGAAGGGAAAACAAAGAAAAAGCCGCUUUCAAGCAUCUUUAGAGACUGUAAUGGACAGAUUCACUAAGUCAAAUGAAAGUAUUGAAGCGAGUCAAGUUGAAUUAGAAAAGAAAAGGAUUGAACUUGAAAUGAAGAAAAUACAUGACGAGGCUCACAGGAGAGAGUUUGAACUGAAGAAACUUGACAGAGAGGAGAAACAGCGAACAGCAGACAGAGACCACCAACUGCGAAUGCUCCAACUGAUCAUGAGUAGCAGACCACAGUUUCCUCUGCAGGCAGCUAUGCUUCCAGGUCAAGCUUCAGUCCACCCAGUGCCAUCUUACAGCCAGGGUUCGGAUGACUACAAGCAGCCAGUGCCCAGCACAAGCACUGCAACUCCACCAGGCGACCGCAUAUCAGAUUACUCAGAGGUAGACAUAACCCCCAUCCAAGGUCCCAGGAGAAGCCGUGGUAGUGUUACCCACAACACUGAUGGCAGCAGUUUUUAUAACCUGUGA